GACAAAAAAGACCUUUAUUUUUCUGCUUUAAAUUGAAAGAGAGAGCGCGAGAGAAAAAGAGUAUCUCAUUUUUUAAAAACCAAAAUACCCACCUGUGUCCCCCCCCUCCCUCUGUUUCACAGAGCUUCUGGGGUUCCUGGCGUAAAAGAGAGAUAAAAUGUCUUACAGCGUGACUCUCAACGGACCUGGACCAUGGGGGUUCCGACUGCAAGGGGGCAAGGACUUCAAUAUGCCUCUGACCAUCUCCAGAAUUACGCCAGGCAGCAAGGCAGCUCAGUCCCAGAUGAACCAGGGGGACUUGGUGGUAGCAAUUGAUGGAGUCAACACAGAUGGCAUGACCCACCUAGAGGCCCAGAACAAGAUAAAAUCAGCCAGCUACAACCUGUCUCUUACUCUUCAAAAAUCAAAACGUCCUGCUCCAGUUCCUACAGCCACCCCAAGAAUUGACUCCCCAAUGCCUGUAAUCCCUCAUCAAAAGGUCAUAGCGAACACUGUUGCCAACACAGAGUACGUGGAGCGCUUCAACCCCAACGUCCUGAAGGAUUCUGCUCUGUCUACACACAAACCCAUUGAGGUGAAAGGGCCUGGUGGCAAGGCCACCAUCAUUCACGCCCAGUAUAACACCCCAAUAAGCAUGUAUUCUCAAGAUGCUAUCAUGGAUGCCAUUGCAGGCCAGGCCCAGGCGCAAGGUGGUGAACUUGCUGGUGAAUCUCCACUGGCUAGCCUCCCUGUUAAAGAUCCUCAUGUAGACAGUGCCUCUCCAGUGUAUCAGGCUGUGCUUAAAACUCAGAACAAGCCUGAAGAUGAGCUUGAUGAUUGGAGUCGCCGUUCUUCCCACUUGCAGUCCAGGUCCUUCCGCAUCCUGGCUCAGAUGACAGGAACUGAGUACAUGCAAGAUCCAGAUGAAGAUGCCCUGAGGAGAUCAAGUGGCAAGGAAAAUGUUGCUGGAUCUCCUGAAAACAGCACUGCAGGUACUGCUCACGAUGCACAGUAUGCGACGUCAAGUGUUUGGCAUUGCCCUAAGUCUUGCAGCACAGAUGCCAACACUGACAGAGCUGGAGCAAUGGCCUCCAAAGGGUCCGUGAGAUUUGGGACUGGUACAAGUCAGAGGGAAGCCAGCUGCCACAGUGCUGGCCAGACAGUCCCUCGUGCUUCCUCCAGUAACCAAAGUACCCCUGUUGAGCAUGCGCCAGUGUCUACCAGCUGCGCCCCUUCUGCUGUGUCGCCUGCUUCAGCCAGUCAGCCCUCUGCUGCCGCUCACAGUGCCGCUCAUCAGAUGACCCUGUCGUCCGCCUCGGCCACUUCCAUGGGGCACGACUCCAUCUCGUCUUCUUGCCAAAGCGUCAGUCACCAUUCUUCUACUUCCAUCACCUGCCAGUCCAAAAAGAGAGGCCCAGGCCAAUCUUACACAUCAGCUCCAGCUUCCCACAGCCCUGCUCCUUACCCAGGCUACAGCGAAGCCCCGGCUCCUGCCUCAAAGCCCAGAGUUGUCACUACUGCCAGCAUCAGGCCUUCGGUCUAUCAGCCAGCAGCUCCGGCGCCAGCCCCAAUGCCUGUACACACCCAAGCUCCAAGCCAAGCGGAGCCUUCAAGCCGCCCUCCCUGGGUCACGGACGACUCCUUCUCCCAGAAGUUUGCUCCGGGGAAAAGCACCACCACUGUCACCAAGCAUAUCCUGCCACGGGGGGCUCCGGUGCCACCCCCGCCAGCCUCGGCCCCCACGUACCCACCUCCUUCCAUCCCGGCCUCUUCCCAGGCUCCGGCAGUUGCCCGGGGAACGAUUCAGAGGGCUGAGCGCUUCCCAGCCAGCAGCCGGACUCCACUGUGCGGACACUGUAAUAGCAUCAUCAGGGGUCCUUUCCUGGUAGCCAUGGGUCGUUCUUGGCAUCCCGAGGAAUUCUACUGCGCUUACUGCAAGGCAUCCCUGGCUGACGUCGGCUUUGUUGAGGAGCAGAACAGUGUGUACUGUGAGCGUUGCUAUGAGCAAUUCUUUGCCCCUACCUGUGCCAGAUGCCACACUAAGAUCAUGGGGGAAGUGAUGCAUGCCCUUCGGCAGACUUGGCACACAACUUGCUUUGUCUGUGCUGCCUGCAGGAAGCCAUUUGGGAAUAGCCUCUUCCAUAUGGAGGAUGGAGAGCCCUACUGUGAGAAAGACUAUGUGGCCUUGUUCAGCACCAAAUGCCAUGGAUGCGACUUCCCUGUCGAAGCAGGAGACAAGUUCAUCGAAGCCCUUGGACACACUUGGCAUGACACCUGUUUCAUUUGUGCUGUGUGCCAUGUGAAUUUGGAAGGCCAGCCAUUUUAUUCAAAGAAGGAUAAGCCGCUAUGCAAGAAGCAUGCACACGCUAUCAACGUCUAAAGGAAGAACUAGAAGCUAAAGGCAAAGUGAAAAGUUUAGGAGUUGGCUCAACAAACGAAAUAUAGAUAGUUAUGGAUUUCACAUGACUGGGACGGGAGGGGUCAGGGGAGGUAAUGAAUUUCUAACCUUCUGACAUUGAAUUCAGCUGCUUUUUCUAUGUGCAGAUCUUUCUCUUACAUACUUCAUAUUAAAAAAGGAAAUGAAUAUUCAAACCUUGACAGUGAAACAUUGCUGCAAAGUGUUGAGCAAAAACGAAUUGGGGGGGGAUCAUUUAUAAAACGGUUGCAUAAAAUUACAAAUACUGAAUAUUUUCUAGUGUGUGUGUUCAGCACCGUACACUUAAAGCUUAUACUACGCAACAGUGCUUUAAAGUAAAAACACCAUUAUUAGUUUUACUUUACAACUCAAAGUGCCAAAAUAGUAGGCGUAGCGUAACUUUUAUAGUCUGUAGUGAUAGGUCAACUAAGUGUUCCUCACAAAACAAACACAGUUUAGACUCUAGAAUGACUUUUAUGAACCUCAUAGCGUUAACUAAAAACACCCCAUUGGUUAACGUCAUCAAGGCUUGAAACCAGAACACAACAAAGGGCAUGUCCGUACUUCAUCACACUGAUGUGGAACUGCCUUCCUUCUAGUAUGCACAGUUCCACAUCACCCUGGUAACUGAAUAUGGAGGAAUCUUGGAAGGCGGGGCCAGUGAUGUGGUCCUUUCCUUGCAUGAGCAUUGUGUUCCCUCCCAACUGGUCAAUACUUGAAUGGAAAUAAGCCACAUCCUGGGUCCCCAUGCAUCUCCUUCAUCCUCGCUUUAUUAGAGCAAUGGUCUUGUGAAUUGCCCCUGAUAUUAGUGGGAUAGAGUGUGGAGUAAGCUCAGGCCUAUUUUGCCCAUACCUGAAGUUGCAUGGUAGACAUUUCCUGUGACGCUAUCCCAUGUGGCCAUGACACGUGCAUGCCUAUACCACAACCACAUGUACAGGGCUCAUGCAUGAGUCUUCCCGCCAGAAAAGAGAGUGGCAUUUGGGUAGUGAUCGUGUGAGAGGGAAGGAGAAACCGCGCAGUCAGCUUUGCCCAAGUUGUUCUGGUGUUCACAAUCCUGUGGGAUAGAGCUACAGAGAAGCUGUUGCCACAAGGCUCUGGAUAUGUACAAAGGGACUUGUUUGUUGGGGUGGUUGGUAGGAAGAGCGAGCAGGGAGGAAAUCAGCUGGUUGACUAUGAUUCCUGUUAAGAAGAAGAGAAGCAACAGAGAGCAUAUAGCAUUAUAGAGUUUUUGUUGAUUACCUCAUUCAGAGCAUCACAAGGAGGGAACCAGUUUUCCCCAGUCUGCUGCUACAUAAGGAAAGAGGAAAGGCUGGAGAGCAUUCGUUCUGUAUUUCUCUGUGUAACUGAGAAACAUUUCCUCUUGCUUGUCCUCUCAUCUUAUGGGUGCAGGGAAAAUAGAUAGUGUAAUCUCAGCUCCCAAAAGGACAAUGGAGUCCAGAGCAGCCAGAGGCAAUUCAAACCCUUAUUUCUGCUAAAACUGAUACCAUUCACAGGGCAGCCCUGAAUGACCCGCAUGCUCAGUUCUAACUGUGAUUAGAUACUCUAGAUAACGUCACCUCUUAAGUGUGAUUGUGUUUGCUGCUGCAAGAAAACGAUGCUUUUGGAAAUUAGAGUAGUAUUAGUGUACCGGAUAAAUAGGAACCGCUACAGCGGGAAGGUAAACGGUGUUUCCAUGUGCUGCUCUGGUUUGCCAGAACUGGCUUUGUCAUGCUGGCCACAUGACCUGGAAGCUGUACGCCGGCUCCCUCGGCCAAUAAUGCGAGAUGAGCACGCAACCCCAGAGUCGGUCACGACUGGACCUAAUGGUCAGGGGUCCCUUUACCUUUUUAACGCUUUUAGAACAAAUCAUGCACAAUAUCUGAACAAGUAUACUUAUUGUAGCUUUUAUAUUAUUGAGACUGGCAACAUGUAUUUAUUCUGUCUGUAGGUUUGGAUAUUUAAGCAGUUAGUAUCAAGCAACUGUCUACUCAGAGGAGCAUCCUAAUCUGUGAUCUAGGCAUGGAAGGAGUAUGUCUGUGUUAGUAACAUCUGAGUACGCAAAAUGGUCAUAAUCUGAAGCCAUUUACUGUACUUUGAAAUCAUCCCAGUGUUAUACCCUCCAGUAAAUAGCUUUGGAAUUGAUUUUAAGGAUGUUGACUAUUGGACGACUAUUUAGUAUUUAAAUAGCACCCCCUUUUAAGUAGUGUUUUGUUAUUUACUAUAUGUCAAAAAGUGGGGGGAGGCACCUGCUUUAUAUUGCUCUCAAACACUAUGCCUUUUAAAAAGAAAUAAGUUAUAAAAUGCACUUUUAAGACCACUUUUGAUUUCAGCAGGAGAAUGUUUAGCACAGAGUUUCCCAAACUUGGGUCUCCAGCUGUUGUGGACUACAAUUCCCAUCAUCCCUGACCACUGGUCCUGCUAGCUAGGAAUGAUGGGAGUUGUAGUCCCAAAACAGCUGGAGACCCAAGUUUUGGGAAACCCUGGUUUAGCAUAUGCUUUACUAUCUAGUUGAAAUAAAUUUGACUUAAAGGUGCUCAACUUUGGCAAGAUCCUGCCCUGAUUUUCCCCUUUCCCUUAGACUGAAGGACAAACCACAAGGUUAAUGUUUUUGUAUGCAACAUUUUGCCCCUUUUACUCAGUCUCUAUGUUGGAUAGUUAAGCAUAUCUGACCUCCAGAAUAUAUGCAAGUACAGCACUUUAAUUCUUAUUGGUCUUGUCAUUUUAGCAAGGACUGCAGAACUGUGUGGUUAAUUAUUCUUUUAAAAGAAUCUCUAGCAUUUUAGUCAAACAUUUUUUAAAAAAUAAUAAUAAUAUAUACGAGUCAUGCUGGUUUUCUCUUUACAUCUUAUGAACCGGAGACAAUUAGAAUAGUUGGUGGCAGUGAAACUUUCUGUGAUCUGGGAAGUCAACCACGCACAAGGAGGACUCAAUUAUCACAGUAUUCUUUUUCCCACUUCAGACUAUCUCUGGCGGGCACUUUCUACCAAUAAAAUGACAGUGAGCCACAUUUAUUGCUUCACAACAGAAUGACAAACCCUACAACAGAUCAUGGGUUGACUGCACUGUGACAACUCUGUCAUUAAUCACUCAGUUGUCACUUAGGGCCCAUUCUUAAGUUGCAGGGGUAGCAUUGCUGUUGCUGCCCUGCGACUGGAUCCCAUGCUCUUCCAGUAACAUUUGGAUGACUAAAACCACAACGGUGAGCAUCUCUCACCUGCUCCGCUGUUCCUAAGUGGUAGAUGCAUUUGCCCCCUUGUUUCCUGCCACAAUCCUGCCAUAAUUUAAAUACCCUGUUAUUGUAUACGUCUCUGCCAGAAGUCUCUGCAUGUUUAGGUGGUAGUUGUAGAGUGUGACGCUAAACACGUUUAACUUGGAAAGGGUUCCAUUGAUGCCGGUGGUUGCUCAGAGCCAGGGCAGUUGUUGCUGUGUAGCUAGUUUACCUGCAGAAAUAGCUGCUCUGCACAAAUGAGUAGUAGAAUACAGGAGGGCACAAAUGGGAGAUUGUGGUUGCCUUUCUGCGACUAGAAAAUCAUUGCAGAUAAGGGGAUAAGAUCUCCCAUGGGUUUUUUUCUUUCCAUGUUACAUGACUCAUGCAAGUCUGCCAUUUUCAUUAUCCAUUUAUCUUGGUCCUAUUUUAUCUGUAAGCCAGGAAAAUGUGGGGUAUAAAUAAAUAAUUCUCACAUGCAAAGCCCUGAGCAGGCAUGGCCAAACUUGGCCCUUCAGAUGUUUUGGGACUACAAUUCCCAUCAUCCCUGACCACCGGUCCUGUUAGCCAGGGAUGAUGGGAGUUGCAGUCCCAAAACAUCUGGAGGGCCAAGUUUAGCCAUGCCUGCCUGAAAGUAACAUCUGCAGUGGCUCUUCCUGCUCAGUAAAUGUAUCUAGCAUCAAAGAGUUAACUUUAAGUAGUAUCUCACAUAUCUGCCCUGCCAAGACCACUCUUUUUAAGAAAAAGAAUAUGCAUGUGUAAUACAGAGUAGAGCCUAUAGUCAAGUAGAAAAUUAACUACCGAGGGAAGGAAAACACUAGGCAGGUUCAGCUGUCUUUGUGACCUGUAACUAUUACCUACUAAAAUAUUUUUUCCCUAUUUUGUUUCACUAGCAAGAGUUGUGAUUAUUUUUGCUUCUUUUAUUCCUAGAAGUCAAAUACUGUACCUGUGAAUGACCAAAUGGUGAAAGUUGCAUUAAAUCAUUUUAGGGGAUUUGAUAAAUUAUAUCAAAUGAUAUUUAAGUAAACACUAUAACUUUUAUUUUAUUUUUUUCUAAAGUUGAAACUCACCAAUAUCUAUUUAAAACUUUCUGGGUGCAAUCCUCAUCCUGUUGAAUCACAUGGCAAACCUUCCAUCUGGAUUUGCAACCCCUUUGUAGUUGGCUUUUAAUCUGUUUGCCCAAGGACAAUACAUGUUGCCUAAGUCAUAGCCAUUCAGAAAAGCAUUUCAUGUAAUUUACCAUUGCAUGCUAAAAAAAUCAAGUUUACAAAAAUAAAACCAAUACACACAAGCAAAUGGCACAGGUUUGGUCCUUCAGUGGUCAGUAGCUUGGAUGAAAUAUUUAUUUCAAAGCUCGCUCUGUAUUCAGUAACAUGGAAGCUGCAGCAGUAACUAAAAAUUAGCAUCUGCUGAUAGGUCACGUAAUUUUUAAAAGGAAGGCUUGGUAAUAGGUACUGAUAUUUUGUAAAAAUGAAAGUUAUUAGCAUUUGCAGCUCAGUGAUUUGGUCUCUGCAGCAAUCACACUAUGCAUCUUGCUUUUUUUUUUAAUGUAUGGAAAUAUUGAUUUGACACCACAAGUGACCUUACUUUUACAUAUGGGUUUGGUUUUGAACACCUAGGUUUUUAUUUCAGAUGUUCAUUGUAAUGUGUGAUUUGUGAGGUGUGAGUGAAUAUACUUUGCAUGGAUUAUAUGUGCCAACACAAAUAAAAUAUUCUGCACCCUUCAAAAGAAAAAAGAAAAAGGACCCAACGCUGUGAAAAUUCUUUCUCAACUUUAUAGAGAACGAAAGAAAAAUUUUCAGCCAGAAAUACUCUCAUAAAAAAGCCAUCUUCUGUUUUCAACUAUUUUAUGAAAAGUAGUUCUGAGAUACAUAGGUUCACACAUAACAUUACAACUUGGUUAACAUUAACCAAAAUGCUGAGGCAUUUUGAUUUUUUGCCCCUUUUCAUUCAUGGCUGUGUAGCCUUUGAGUGGUUGACAGCUCCUUGAACAUAUUUAAAGAGGAGGCCUGGGCUUGCCUGUAACACUAAGCUAUGGUUAACAUUAACUAAGAUUUCAGAGCCAACUACAAACCUUGAUUAUUGAGUGACUUUUACACAUAUUUAUUAAGACAUAGUUUAGUUGCUGGACUGAGUUCACACAUAACACUAAUCCAUGGUUUGAUAAACCAUAGUUUUAAAAGCCAUGGGUUACUGUUAUGUGUGAAGCAGGUAAUAUGCAAACUGGGCAUUUCUUCCAUUUCUCUCGCAUUUUGCCUCCCAUCCUGUAGCCCUUGCAAAAUAAAUAAUGCAGAAUUCUUCAGAACCCUGGGUAGGAGAGGCUAAAUGGAUGAUGCCUAUUAAAGAGUUACAGAUUUGGUUGAUGCAUAUGAAUUAUUCUAGACACAGAAUCCAGGGUGGAGGAAAUGUCAUGGAUAUUAUACACAUGCCUACUUCCAAGUCAUGUUAUUUAUUUUGUGAAAGCAAUUAUAAAUUGUUUAAUUGUUUUUAAAAUCUCUUAAGCAUUGUACAAUAUUAAAAAAAACAAAAAAACAAAAGUGCAACCAGGAACCAAUAAAAUAGCAGUAUAAAGGCAUUUUAAAAACAAAACGGGAAUUUGUAGCGAUUAUUCCAAAGGCAGGCGACUCUUAGGGACAAACUCCAAAUUAUGCACAAAUGCAUAAUCGUAGCCCUUUUUGUAAGGAAAAGUAGCUUUGUGAGGCCAUUUUGAGCAAAGGAGAGAGGGGGGGGAAGGAGUGCUUAACUCUUACCCCAGUUCCCAUUCCAUGGCUGCUUAUCUCUCUGCCCCAUCCCCAAAGUUCAUGUUUCUGGUGGCAAUCCUAAGAUUAGAGUUAAGCCCUUGUUCUUUCUAAAGUUCUGAAGUCCUAAAAGUAAACGCCUUCUAGCAGAGGUGCACUUUGUAAAUAUGAUCCAAAUGGAAAAGAGCACAAAAAUGCAAAACGCUAAGGGUCAUAGUUGGCCUUCUGUUUCAGCCUCUCUUUUGUCAUCACAGGAUAAUUUAUUAUAAAUGGAUUAAUGGUGAAAGGCUCAGUAAUAGCCCUUGGUAAGGAAAUAGGAGCACUGUAUGAGGAUAUCCUUUUUCCGCACCAGAGUGCCCAAUACUUUCAAUUUUAUAUACAGCGGAAGUAAUUAAUUGUAAGAGAAGCACAGCUGAGCUUCCUGUGGCUGCGUUUGCAACAGAAACUAUUGUUUCAGGUUUUGGAUCGUGUCGUAAACUUCUAUAGCUGUGCUGUGAUUUUUAAAAUCUUGAGCGUUUCAUUUACAAUACUUUAUCACUAUUAAUUCUGGGCAUGUAAAUGGGAAAGUGCAAGCAUGCAUGCACUAAAGCAAAGGGGUAAAAUAAGUAUGAUUCUUUGCUUUCAGGUUUUAAGGUAGUUGUUAACAGAGCAAAUGGCUCACUGAUUCAUUUGCCAUAAAACUUAAUUGAUUGGAAUAUUAAAAAACUGUCGUGCAAUUUUUGCUCUUGCUAUUAAGCAAUUGUAUAGCUUUCUUCAUAUAGCUGGUAAUAAUUUAUCCAACAUGCAAACUGUAAAAAAAACUGUCGUGCAAUUUUUGCUCCUGCUAUUAAGGAAUUAUAUCAGUUUCUUCA